AUGGAGAAAAAUGAAGAUUCUAUAAAAGGCAAAAUGCUUUUGAAUUUUAAACAAAUAAAUUGGCAAAGAAUAAAUUUUAUCUUAUUAGUUUUUUUAUUAGGCAUAAAAACGUUUUUUUGUAUAUUGUUAUAUAUAUAUAAUCAUAUAUUACUAUUUUUUGUAUUUUUUAUAUCAACAGUAGUAUCUUUUUAUGCACUACUAGUAAAUUCAUUUAAAGCACUUAUUUUGUAUAUAGUAGUAUUAUUGUUAAUAUUAACAUAUUUUUGUCUUUCUUUCUAUAAUGUUAUAAAUGUUGUAUAUAUAUCAAAUGUUUUUAAAGAAACUCUAUUUUCUAAUGUAUUAUAUUCCAUUUGCCCUUUUUUAAUAAUAGAGUGCCUUGCUGCAUUAAUUUAUAUUUCCUUAAAAAAAAAGAAGAAAAGUUAUAUAGAAAAAAAGUUAAAAGAAUUAAAAAUAAUAGUUGAUGGAGAAAAGGAAGAAAAAAAAGAUGAUAUUUUAUCUAUGCAAAUAGAUUUAGAAAAAAAUGAACUGAACACAUGUAAUAAUAAUUAUAAAUACUAUUUAACACAUUAUAAAAAUAAAAAAUAUAUAUGUAUAGAAAAAAAAAUAGAUCCUUCUGAUGAUGAAAAUGAUUUUAUUUUAGAUUUAGAAAAAUCUGAUAGAAAAAUAAAUAAAGAAACUGAAAAAGAAAAACAUAAAAAAAAAUCACACAUAAAAAAAGAUUCUACUUGUGAAAUAAGUGAAGAUUUAAGUUUUAUGCAUUAUGGAAUUAAAAAAUAUGAAAAAAAGAACAAACAUAAUAAUUUAAAGGAAAAAUCAAAUAGAAAAGAACGAAAACGAAAGGAUUUUAAUAAAAACAUAACAAAUGAUACAAUUCAAAAUGAAAAAAGUAAUUAUGAACAAAUAGAAAAUGUAGACGAUGAAAACAAAAACAUUAAAAAUGAAGAGGUUAAAAACGAAAGUGAUAAUUGUAUAGAAAAUGAACAAGAAAAAAAAGUAACUCAUAUUAGUGAAAUAUAUGUUAUUAGUGUAAAUAAGGAAAGUAAAAAUAUGACAAAUAAUUCUGUAAAUUUAGAAGAAAAUCAAUGUGAUAAUGUAAUAAAAAAAAAUACUUCAAAUAAUAGAAAUUAUUUAACAGUAAGAAAUUAUGAAAAAAAUACAAGAGAUGAUUUUAAUUUUUUUAUAAACGAAAAUACCAUUGAUGUGAUAGAUGAUACUAUUGAAAUGAAUGAUACAAAAAAUAUAGGUACAGAAAGUUUAAAACAAAAAGCGGAUAUAUUAGCAAAUAGUGAAGAAGAAAAUUGCAUAAUUGAAGAUUUUAUCGGAAAAAGUGGAGAAGAAUUAAAAAAAGAAGAUAAAUUAGAAAUAAAUUAUAUAUCAGAUAAAUAUAAUAAACAAUCACUAGAAAUUGAAACUGAAGUAGAAAUUAAGAAAAAAGAAAGUUUAAUAGAAAAAAACAAAGAAGAAAUAAUAACAGAUAAAAAAGAAAAAUCAGAAAAUACUGUUUCAGAUAAUGAAGGUAAAGAAAAAGAUAAUAAUUCUAAUAUAUGUUUAUUAGAUAAUAAUGGUCUUAUUCUAAAUGAAGAAAAAAAAAAUGAUAAACAAAAUUUAUUAGAAUUAACAAAUUCUAUAGUAAAGGAGGAAAUGCAAGUUAAGAGUUCCUUAUUGAAUGAAGAUAAAAUUGAAGAGGAAGAAUGUUUCGAAAGUGAAAUUAAUAAACAAAAUGAUACAAAAAUUAUAAAAAUAGAUGAAGAAUUUAAAACUAAUUUUACCAAUAUAUUAAGUGAAGAAAAUAAAGAAAACGUUAAAUUUUCAAAUAAAAUGAAGGAUAUAAAAGAAAAAUCUACAUUAAAAAAAAACGAGGAAUCUAUAAAUAAUGAUAAUAAAGAAUAUCAGGAAAAUAUAAGAAUGAAUAUUAUAACAGAAAAGGUUAAAAAUAUAGAAAAUAAUAGUGAUAAUAACUUAAAUAAAAAUAAAGUUGAAGAAAAGUUAGAGAGUCAUAAUAACAUAAUUAAUGAUGAAGUCAGUUUUAAUAUUGAAAAUAAUUCUGAAGGAAAAAUAUUAUAUAAUAAUAAUAUAAAUUAUGAAAUGAAAGAAUGUAAUAAAUUAAAAAACAUGAAGAUAUCAUUAUCACAUAAAAAUAGUUACGAUAAUCAUAAAAUUCUUGAUUCGUUAAAAGAAAGAAAUUACUUUGAAAAUGAAAGACACUCAAUUAUUUCAUGCAAUAAAAAAGAAAAAGAAGAGGAAAAUGAGAAUGAAAAUAUGAAAUACUCAGAAGUUAUAGAAAAAAAUAAAGAUACACAAACGAAAGAAGAAAGUGAAGGUGAUAGAUGUUUUGAAAAUUACCCCAAUGUGAAUUUCGUAAAUAUUACAAAUGUAAAGAAUAAUAAUAAAAUUAAUGAUGAAUAUGAAAAUAAGGGAAAUAAUGUAAAAAAUGAAAUGGUAGAAAAUAAAAAAAAUUCAAAAAAUGAUUCAUAUAAUAUUCUUGUAAAUGAAGAAAAAGUAAAUAGUUGUGAAGAAGAGGAGAUUCAAAAAACAAGUGAUAUUAAUGAUCAACAUAGUUGGAGAAGGAUUAAUAAAAAAGAUAUAGAAAAAUUAAAAGAAUCAGUUAAUGCAGAUAAUAUAGAAGAUAUACAAAUUGAUUAUUUUUAUAAAAAAAAUAAAAAAGGAGCAGAUGCAGAUUAUUCCUCAUUGUCUAUCAAUUCCAGCAACCUUUCUAUUUUUCUAAAAACUCAAAAAGAUGAAAAUGAAGAUACAAAAGAAAAAAAAGGAGAAAUUCUUAGUAAAAAAAUAUGCAAUAAAAAAGAAAUUAAUAAUUUCAAAAUUAAUAGUUUAGAUAAUAUUUGUUCAAAUAAUAAUGAUCAACAAAAUAACAUUCCUGAUAAUUUAGGAAAAGAAGAAUUCAUAGAAGAUUUAGUUGAUGAUGUGAUGAAUAAAAAAUCUAAAGAAAGCACUCAAGAAAUUCUCUCUGAUCAAUCUAAAUUUUAUAUAAAUAAUCCUAAUUAUACUUAUAAAAGCAGUAAAAAUUAUAAAGGAAAUGAAUCUAAUGAGAAAUUUGUGUAUCAUUUAGAUAAUAAUAGUAAUGCGUUUUAUUCUUGUGUCAAUAGUUCAGGAAAUGAUGAUUAUAUAAAUUAUGAAGAUGUAAUAAAAAAUAACUCUAAAAUUACAGAUACUUUUUUGUAUAAUCGAAGGUAUAAUGAAUGUAAUCAAAAUAAUGAAAUGAAUCCAAAUAGUGUUGAUUCUUUAAAUAACAAUAUUUAUGAUUUAAAAAAAAAUGUAAAUGAUUUCAAUGCUAUAAACGAUUGUUCAAGUAUAUUAAACAGUUCUUCUAUUAUUGUAAAAGAUUCUAGUGUAAUGAAUGAAUCAAAUACAACAAAUUAUUUGAACGUUAUAAAUGAUUCUAAUAAUAAUAAUAAUUCAUUCAUAAAUAAUGGUAAUGAUAAAAAAAAUUAUUAUGAACUUAAUUCUAAUUCAGUUUUCCAGAAGAGAAUAUUUUUUGAAAAUUUAAAUAGAGAAAAAUCAUCAAAUAGUGUUCAGAGGAAUGUGGAAUAUAAUAUUCAAAAAGAUGAUUUAAAGAAAGAUGAUAGUAAUAUAAAUGAAACAGCAAAUUCCGAUUCAUCUCUAAAUAUUUAUAGAAAGAAAAAUUAUGUAUCAGAAAGAAAAAAAAAAAAUCAAUAUUAUAGUAGUAAAGAUGAAAAUGAUAUGAUAUAUCAUAUAGAAAAAUUUGCAAAAUUAAAGAAAACAAAGAACAUAGAUGAUAAUUAUCAUGUAAAAAAUGAUAAAAAGAAAAAUAAAUUAAAAGAAAAUGGAAUAGGAAUCGAAAAAAAUGAUGAAGCAAUUUUAUCAAAUGAAUUGUUAACUAGAAAUAUAUAUAACAUUAAUGGAAUUGAAAAAGAUAAAAAAGUAGAAGUAGCUAAUGAUUUUGAAAAUAAAAGAAAAAUGACACAACAUUUUGUUAUAUAUGAUCAGAGUGAUAUAUCAUCUAGUAGGAAAACUGGAGAAAAUAUAAAAUCAAAUGAUGUUUUUGAUUUUGAUAAGAAAAAUGAUUUUGAAAUUAUAAAUUUUAGUAAAAUUAAAUUAAAUAAUUGUAACUUUGGUUCUAAUUUUAAGAUGAAAACAGAUAUUGAAAAUAAUUCAAAAAAAUCAAUUCUAACUAAUAAAGAAAUUAUAAAUAGUAAUUUUAACACAGAUAUCAAUAAUUCUUUUUUAUAUGUAGAUAAUAAUGUGAAUAGUGUAAUUAAUCAGAUAAAAAAUGAUCAUCCUCUUAACAAAAAUUUUCUUGAAGAAAAAAAUGAUUUAGAUAUUUUAAUAAACGACAAUAAAAGUAGCUUAAUGAAAAAAAAAAAAUUUACAGAAUUAAAAAAGAAAAAUAAGCUUACAAAUAAGGUUUUCAACGAAAUUAAUUUUAAUGAAAUAAAAAAUUAUAACGAUAUUGAUUCAUACAACCAAUUAAAUGAUACAACUAUCAAUGGUUUAAAUGAAAGUAUGUUUAACAAAAAUUUGAACUUAAUAUCUACAUCUUCCUCUAAUGAAUUUCAAUAUAAUGAAAAAAAAGGUUUUCCUAAUUCCCAUGAUUUUGUAAAAUUAAAUAAUGAGGAAUUUUAUAUAAAUUCAAAAGAACAAGUAACAAAUACAGAAGAGAUAAAUUCUAUCCAUUCUUAUGAAGGGUGUAAAGAGGAAAAUUAUGUAAAUAAGAACAAUGUUAAGACUAAAAUAUUCGGUAAGGAUGAAAUUGAAGAAAAUAAAACUUGUUUAGAUGAAAAGGAUAAUAAUGAAACAAAAAAAAACAAUAUCAAAGAAAAAAAUAAAUUAAAUAUUAAAAUGAAAAAAGAAAAAGAAAAAAGUGAAGAUACUAAAACAGCAGAAAAGGAAAAAGAAGAAAUAUAUAAAAUAACCAAUGAAGAAGAUGAAGAAAAAAAUUAUAAAAUAGAAAAAGAAGAUAAUGAAGAAAAAGUUAAAGAUGGGAAAGUUGAUGUUAUUAAAAAAGAACAAAAUGAAAUUGAAAAAAAGGGAGAGUGCAUAGAAAGAAUUGGAGGUGAAGAUGAGAUUACUGAAGAAAAAAAAAAAAAUGAAAUAGAAAUAGAGGUAGAAAAUGAAGAAAAAAUUAAAGAUGGAGGAGAUGAUAUUAUUGAAAAAGAAGAAAAGAAUGAAAUAGAAAUAACGGCAAAGAAUGAAGAAAAAAUUAAAGAUGAAAAAAAUGAGAUUAUUGAAAAAGAAAAAAAUUAUGAAAUAGAAGAAGAAGACAGUGAAGAAACAGUUAAAGGUGGGAAGGUUGAUGUUAUUGAAAAAGAACAAAAUGAAAUUGAAAAAGAGAAAGAGUGUAAAGAAAAAAUUAAAGAUGAAGAUAAGAUGAUCGAAAAAGUAGAAAAGAAUGAAAUAGAUAAAGAGGAAGAGUAUAAAGAAAAAAUUAAAGAUGAAGAUAAGAUGAUCGAAAAAGUAGAAAAGAAUGAAAUAGAUAAAGAGGAAGAGUAUAAAGAAAAAGUUAAAGAUGAAAAUAAGGUUAACGAAAAAGAAGAAAAUAAUGAAAUAGAAAUAAUGGAAGAGAAUAAGGAAAAUUUUAAAGAUGGAAAAAAUGAUAUUAAUGAAAAAGAAAAAAGUGAAAUAGAAGAAGAAGAAGAAGAAAAGAAAGAAAAAAUUAAAGGUAUGAAAAAUAAGAUUACUGAAAAAGAGGAAAAAAAUGAAAUAGAAAUAACGGAAGAGAAUAGAGAAAAAGAUAAAAUUAGUAAAGAAGAAAAUGAACAGUUAAAAAAUGACGAAAUUGAAAGAAUUAACAAUUUUAAUAAUGUAACUCAAAAAAAUACAGAAGAAAUGGAAAAAAGUAAAGAAGUACAAGUAGACAAAAUGGAAAUACAAGAGAACAAAGAAAUGCAUAAAAUCAAAGAAGAAAUUCAAGAAAACAAAGAAAUAAAAGAAAAGAAAGAAAAAGUACAAGAAAAAGAAAAUGUAAAAACAAAUAAUGGUAAAAAAGAAAUAGAAAGAGAAAUAAAUGAUAUAAAUAAAGAAGAUAUUCAAAUUAAUAUUGAUGGUAUUUCAAAAAAUGAAAAUAAUAUAGAAGCAAAAAUUGAUGAAACUUCAAGUAAAUUUUAUUUGAAAAUUGUGGAUAAUAGAAAUGAUUGUGAAAAAGAAGAGGUUAACUCAAUUAAUGAAGUUACAGAAAAAAUAUCUUCAACUGAACACAUAUAUAAAAACAAUUAUAUUAAGAGUAAUUAUCAAGACUGUGAUCAAUCUAAUACUUCUAUAUAUUGUACACAAAUAGAUAAUUCAUUUGAAGAUAAUAAUAAAAAAAAAAAAAAUGAAAAUUUAAAUAGUGAUACUAAUAAAGAUAUAAAUAAAAAUAUAUAUGAUAAAACAUAUAGUAAUACCAUUAACAGUGAUGCUCAUUCAAACAAUAUAUCUAUGAUUUGCGAGAAUAACGUAAAUGAUCAUUUAAUAAAAAAUGGGGAAGUAAAAGAUAAUGUUAUAAGAAUAGAUAAAAAAGAAAAAUGUGAAUUUUCAACAUAUUUAGAUAAUUCAACAAUAGAUAAUUUAAAUGAAACUAAAGAAAAUUCAUUGUCUGCAUGUAACAAAAAAUAUAGUGAAAAUGUUAUUAUAAAAACAGAAUCUUUAGAAAAUACAAAUUUAAAAGAAUUGGAUGAACAUGAAGGAAUUAUUAAUAAAAAUGAAGAAAAUGAGAUUUGUUUUUUAGAUGAGCAAAUAAACGAUGAAAACAGGUUAAAUGAAAAUUUAUCAAACAACAAUGAAAAUACAAAAAUUAAUGUCGAUAAAGAACAAGUUAUAUAUAAAGAUAAUAAUGAAGUAAAUAAAAAUAAAGAUAAAAAGAAACAUAAAAGAAAAAGGAAUAAAAAAAACAAAGAAAGAUAA